CCGGCGCCUACCGCCUACCCGCCAGGCGCGUCCCGUCGCUAGGCAACGAGCUCGCGCACCCUCCCGGCCCGAGCCGCUGCGCUGCAGGGAGGAAGCGCCGCUGGGGCGGAUGAGAAAACCGAGGUUCAGAGAGACUGGGUGCCUUGCUCAAGAUCACACAGUCGAUACAUGGAAGAACCAGCCCUGGAACUUGUUUUGUCUGAUCCCAGAAUCUGUGUUCAUACUGCUGCACUACACUGCCACUCCUAAUUUACGGUCUAAAUCAGGCUACGUUGCCUCCAGCUCGUGAAAUCUGAUUAAUACCUACAGGGAUGGAAACUGACUAUCUGAAGAGGUGCUUUGGAAAUUGCCUGGCCCAGGCGCUGGCAGAUGUGGCGAAGGUUCGGCCCAGCGACCCCAUUGAGUACCUGGCCCACUGGCUUUAUCAUUACAGGAAGAGCACUAAAGCAAAAGAAGAGAAUAGACAAGAGAAGAUCCAGCUGAAGGAUGAUAAUAGCCUCAAAAAAACCGAAAUGACAGAAGUGCUGAAGCAAGGAGAGAGUUAGAUUCAACAGAAGCGUGAAAAGUAUCACAAGGUGGGGAGGAAGAAUUCAGCAUUGGGCACAUACAUCCCAAACCCAACACCACUGGUAUCUGUAGCUAGUUCCACAAAAGAGGUCAUAUUCACGCAGGAAAACAUAAACCCCCUUGAGACGGAGGCCUUCAAGCAGGAGUCCCUGCCAGGUUAUUCCAGGAUGAUUCCAGGAAUGCCUCAGCAGAUUCCUUCUUCGGAGUCAUCUGGCCAGAUACUGAACGUCAGAACUACACAAGAAAGAAAGUACCAGGCUUUUCAACAUGACAUUGCUCCCAGAAUGCAUCCUGGCUCCAAAUCUUCCUCUCAGGUUUAUCAGAAGGCAAGCAAUUCUAAUGAUGAUUCUCUCAAAGCCGCAAGCUAAGACAAUGGCCAGCUAGAAGAACUCUCACUUGAAGAUGAUAAUUGUGUGGAUAAAACCAAAAAUUUGAAGGACUAUGGAGAGAGAUGUCUGUAGGGACUUACAGCUUAAGUCCUGUUGUGAUAGCCAUAAAAAUGUAAAAAAAAAAAAAACCUUAAUCAUGUAAAAUUUGAACUACUCAUAGGAUGAAAUAAACUCAUAAUAAGGAUUUAAAUGAGUAACCAAACUGAUGAGACUUUUUCUUCUUGUUUUAUCAUUUUUUGAAGACUAGACAUUCACCUCAUAUGUUCAUGACUUAACUUCAGUUGGACUUUUCAGCCAGGCCCCUCAGAGUGUUUACACGUGGCCAAGAGUGUACCUGUGUCACUGACAAGAGAUUUACAUCUUUGAUCAAGAUUUCCAUGACUGCCUGCUUAAUAUGUCUACUUGGAUGACCAAGGGACAUCUCAAACUCAUCGUAUCCAAAUGGAAUCCCUGAUGCUCUCCCUGAACCAAUUUCUCUUCAUUCUUCUGUUUGUUCAGGUCAAACUCUUGGUGUCAUCGUUGACUCCAUUCUUUAUUGGUAACCCCACAUCUGGUCUGUUAGCUUUCCAUUUGAAAUAAACCCAGAAUUCAACCACUUGAAUGCCCAGCCACAGUCAUCUUUUGCCUAGAUUAUUACAGUAGCCUGUUAACUGGUCUCCCUUCUGCCUUUGGCCUUUUCUAACCUCAACAUUAAGAAGCCAGGAUGAUAUUGGUAAAUACAAUAUAAGUCACAUCAUGUCUAAUGAGUGGCUUUCUGUCUCAGUCACAGAAAUAUUCAAGGCUUUUAGUGUGAGCUACUGGACUCUUAAAAGUCUGAUUCCCCAUUUUACUCUCCAUACUGUUCUCUUCACUCCAGCCACACUGACACCUUGUUGCUCUUCAAACACUCCAGGCAUGGUCCCACCUCAGAACUUUGCUUUCUCUUCUCUCACAUAGAAUGCUCCCAUCUCCCCACACUCCUCCCCUACAAUCCUACCUCAGUUUCUGAAGAGAGCAGGCUCCCUGUGGGACUUGUGGCCACUGUCCAGGGGUUAGUGUUCUCUCCAGCGUAUCAGGAUCUAGAGACAUUUUCAGUCCAUCCAUGCUGUAGAAAGGCCCAAGAACUUGGAAUCCCUUCUUUCUAAUGAUGCUCCAGCUGAAAUUGUGUAACAUAAUGAACACCAUGUUUUCUUUAAAAUUGUAAAAUUGGAUAUGUGAUAUAAAAAGGACAUGGAAACCUAA